AUGUCUCUUCCCAACAUUUGGCACCAUCGCAAGGUGGCCGAGACAUCAUCCCGCUCUUGCGAAAUCUGCUACAAACCAUCCUCUAGCGUGUUGAUUACUCCAGAUAACAAGGCAAGUAUAGAGCACACCAAUGAUGAGGAGGAGGUUGCCGCAAAGAAAAAGAAAGAGGAACUAGACAAGGAGAUUGAAAAGGUGAAGCAGGAAUAUGAGGAGAAAAUGAAUCGUAAAAAACUAAAAGAGAAGGAGAAAAAGGACGGCGUUGAAAAGGAGAAUAAGAAGGCAGAAAAGGAGAAGGAUGAUAAAAUCAAAUCUAUUCAGAACAGCGGGGCUGAAACGCACAUGGAUGACACACCCCGCAUUUUUGCCCUCCACAAGAACUUCUACCAAAUGCGCAUUGACCGGAUUCGGAAAAAGGAAAUUGCUAGACGGAACACGGAGCGCUUUAAAAAUCCAGACCUACCUGUUCCCAUCAACUCCGAAAACAGAUUUAUGAAAGCGGUGGAAACUGCCACAACUUGGUUUUUCACGAGCUUGGCUUCCCCCACCCACCACGACAAUCGGGCGAAACAGCUGGAGACACGCGACUCUGCUGCCGGUUUGUCAUCAGUCGAAGACGAGUGGAAAAAGAGAAGGGCCUGCGACAAGGAUCACGAUGACACUCUGCAGAGGGUAAUGAGAGCGCACACAAAGCCUACAGAUGAUUUUACUUCUUUAGGAAAGAGGGUAAACGUCAUACCGAGGGCGCUAGUCCGGUCUUAUCGCUUUACGCCGCUUAGAGCACCGCCUCCACUGGAUGAAUCUGGAACCAUGGCGGUCUUUGCGCCGGAUUUUGGUCGGGUACAUUCCUCCCUCUCGCAGUUCUCAGGUUGA